AUGGAUGGAGCAGAUUCUGAUCCCAACAACAGACCAAUGACAGGAACAGGGAUGGUGACCAUCAACAUACUUGACAUCAGUGAUAAUAUCCCCACAUUGGAGAACGUGUCUUAUGAGGCUAGUGUGGAGGAGAAUAUCAAGAAUAAGAAAGUGAUCCGGAUUAAGACCAUAGACAAGAAUAAGGAAUACACUGAAAACUGGGAGGCCGUGUACACCAUCAUUUCAGGAAAUGAGGCUGGUUAUUUCAACAUCACCGCAGGUCCCAAAACUAAUGAGGGCAUCCUGAUGGUCACUAAGGAGCUGAACUAUGAGGAGUUUAAAGAGAUCAGUCUGAAAGUGGUGGUCAACAACAAGGCGGCUUAUCAAAAGUCAGUGGUGAAAGACAAGAUUAUAGAAUACCCCAUUAAGAUAAAAGUGCAGAACGUGCACGAAGCCCCUCAUUUCCAGCCUGCGGUCAAAGAUGUCAGAGUUUCUGAAGACCGCGAAGUCAUUGAUCUUUGAUGAUUGGUCAUCACCACCUACACAGCCACAGACACUGAUACGAUGUCAACUGCCACUAA